CCUAUAAGUUGUGUUUGUGCAAAUCGCGCGCGUUUGCAAUUUUCUGUAGUUGGCUCUCGAUUCUCAUCAUAACGCGAUCUCAUGCGAUCUCUCCACUGACAGCGAAUAAGGAAAUAUAUCGACGAAAUAGUUCAAUAUCCCAAACUCUGCUGCACCCGCAACGUUUAUUCGGUGAGGACGCCAGGCCCAACGUGUUUCCUUAAUGAAUUCCACUCAAAUAAUCGGAAUUCGCAAACAAAAACGCUCGAUUUGCCGCUGAUAAAGCUGAUAAAACUACAAAAAGGCAUCCAUAAAGUCAGCUGCAAUUUUGCGAUAAGGAGCAGCGCCGCCGCCUCAAACUGACGCCGACACCGACCAAGAUGUCAACGGAGCGUGAGCUGGCUCCCGGGGGGCCAGCUCAGCUCCAUCCGCACACGCUGCCGCUGACGUUCCCGGAUCUCCAGAUGACGUCCGCCGUGGGCAUUAUCGGCAAGGUGUACGAGUCACAGUGGACCCCCUCGCCCACUCGGCCUCAGAGUCCCUCUCAGGCGCAGACUAGCUUCGACACGCUCACAUCACCACCAACGCCCGGCUCGUCGGUAAAUCCCACCGCUGUCACCAGUCCAAGUGCCCAGAAUGUGGCAGCUGGCGGAGCCACUGUGGCCGGUGCCGCAGCAGCUGCCGCUCAGGUGGCCUCCGCCUUGGGCGCCACCACCACCGGUAGCGUGACGGCAGCCAUUGCUACCGCCACGCCAGCCGCCCAACCGGAUAUGCCCGUCUUCACGUGCCCACGUCGUCCGAAUCUGGGUCGCGAGGGCCGACCGAUUGUGCUGCGCGCCAAUCACUUCCAGGUGACGAUGCCCCGCGGCUAUGUGCACCAUUAUGACAUCAACAUCCAGCCGGACAAGUGUCCGCGGAAGGUGAACCGUGAGAUUAUAGAGACCAUGGUGCAUGCCUACAGCAAGAUAUUCGGCGUGCUCAAGCCCGUGUUUGAUGGUCGUAACAAUCUGUACACCCGCGAUCCCUUGCCCAUUGGCAACGAGAGGUUAGAGCUGGAGGUGACACUGCCCGGUGAGGGCAAGGAUCGCAUCUUCCGUGUGACCAUCAAGUGGCAGGCUCAGGUGUCGCUCUUCAAUCUCGAGGAGGCUCUGGAAGGCCGUACCCGGCAGAUACCUUACGAUGCCAUUUUGGCCCUCGAUGUGGUCAUGCGCCAUCUGCCUAGCAUGACGUACACUCCAGUGGGAAGAAGCUUCUUCAGCUCCCCGGAUGGUUACUACCAUCCUGGCGGUGGACGCGAAGUGUGGUUUGGUUUCCAUCAGAGUGUGAGGCCAUCGCAGUGGAAGAUGAUGCUCAACAUUGACGUUUCGGCUACCGCUUUCUACAAGGCUCAACCCGUCAUUGACUUUAUGUGCGAGGUUCUGGAUACGGACAUCAACGAGCAACGCAAACCGCUCACCGAUUCACAGCGCGUCAAGUUCACCAAGGAGAUCAAGGGGCUGAAGAUCGAGAUCACGCACUGUGGCCAGAUGCGUCGCAAGUAUCGCGUCUGCAAUGUCACCCGUCGUCCCGCCCAAAUGCAAUCAUUCCCACUGCAACUGGAGAACGGUCAGACCGUGGAGUGUACCGUUGCAAAGUAUUUCCUGGACAAGUACCGCAUGAAGUUGCGUUAUCCUCACUCCUGCCUGCAGGUGGGUCAGGAGCACAAGCACACCUAUCUACCCCUGGAAGUUUGCAAUAUUGUGGCUGGGCAGCGUUGCAUCAAGAAACUGACCGACAUGCAGACAUCGACCAUGAUCAAGGCCACCGCUCGUUCGGCUCCGGAUCGUGAGCGCGAAAUCAACAACCUGGUCAAGCGGGCUGACUUCAACAACGACUCGUAUGUGCAGGAAUUCGGCCUGACUAUCUCCAAUUCGAUGAUGGAAGUGCGCGGCCGAGUGUUGCCACCACCCAAGCUUCAGUAUGGGGGACGUGUGUCCACCGGCAUCACCGGCCAACAGUUGUUCCCGCCACAGAACAAGGUAAGCCUGGCUUCGCCCAACCAGGGUGUCUGGGAUAUGCGUGGCAAGCAGUUCUUCACCGGCGUAGAGAUCCGUAUUUGGGCCAUCGCCUGCUUUGCCCCGCAGCGCACGGUGCGCGAGGAUGCGUUGCGUAACUUCACCCAGCAGCUGCAGAAGAUCUCGAACGAUGCCGGCAUGCCGAUCAUUGGACAGCCGUGCUUCUGCAAAUACGCCACCGGACCGGAUCAGGUGGAGCCAAUGUUCCGCUACUUGAAGAUCACCUUCCCCGGACUGCAGCUCGUCGUGGUGGUGCUGCCCGGCAAGACGCCGGUGUAUGCCGAGGUGAAGCGCGUCGGAGACACUGUUCUGGGCAUGGCCACACAAUGUGUGCAGGCGAAGAAUGUUAACAAGACGUCACCGCAGACACUGUCUAACCUGUGUCUCAAGAUCAACGUCAAGUUGGGUGGCAUCAAUUCGAUCCUGGUGCCCUCUAUUAGGCCCAAGGUCUUUAACGAGCCCGUCAUCUUCCUGGGCGCCGAUGUGACCCAUCCGCCAGCUGGCGACAAUAAGAAACCAUCAAUUGCCGCCGUUGUUGGCUCCAUGGACGCCCAUCCUUCGCGUUAUGCGGCCACCGUGCGGGUUCAGCAGCAUCGCCAGGAGAUCAUCCAGGAGCUAAGCAGCAUGGUGCGCGAGCUGCUGAUCAUGUUUUACAAAUCGACGGGCGGCUACAAGCCCCACCGUAUCAUUCUCUACCGCGAUGGCGUCUCCGAGGGUCAGUUCCCGCAUGUCCUGCAGCACGAACUCACGGCUAUUAGGGAGGCAUGCAUCAAGCUGGAGCCGGAGUACCGGCCGGGCAUUACGUUCAUCGUAGUGCAAAAGCGUCAUCACACGCGUCUCUUCUGCGCCGAGAAGAAGGAGCAGAGCGGCAAGUCGGGCAACAUACCCGCUGGCACCACCGUCGACGUGGGCAUCACACAUCCCACCGAAUGAUUCUAUCUGUGCAGCCACCAGGGCAUACAGGGCACCAGUCGCCCCUCGCACUAUCACGUUCUCUGGGAUGACAAUCACUUUGACUCGGACGAGCUGCAGUGCCUGACGUACCAGCUCUGUCACACGUACGUUCGCUGCACCCGCUCCGUCAGCAUACCGGCCCCAGCCUACUAUGCCCAUUUGGUGGCCUUCCGGGCCAGAUACCAUUUGGUAGAGAAGGAGCACGACUCGGGCGAGGGAUCGCACCAGAGCGGCUGCUCCGAGGAUCGCACGCCGGGCGCCAUGGCCAGGGCCAUCACAGUGCACGCGGACACCAAGAAGGUCAUGUACUUUGCCUAAAAAGUAUAUCGAACACCAAACACCAAGCAACCACCCCACACCGAACACCAAAAAGCUAAAGAGAAUACAAAAUCAGUUUCGAAAUUCGAUUCGAAUAAGCCAACUUCUCCCCCAAUCCUCAGUCCUCCUCCGAUCACACGAGCGAAUGAAGCCAAGCAUAGAAUUGUAUAAAUAAGUUUAACAGCUAUAUAUAUUUUAGGUUGAGAGAUAGCGCGAGCAUCUUGCAUGCAAUUAGUUAUUUAGUAAGCUGAAAGAUAACCCACAAAGACACAAAAGCCAAGCCCACUCAUAUGCAUCCACACAAAGAGCAGCAAGGGAGAAAUUAUAGGUAUAUAGGGAAUCGAAUGUUAAGCACAAGUUUGCGCAACUGAUGGAAGAAUAAACGAAUCGAAAGCGAACGUAAAAUGUGAAAAAGAAAUUCUCAAAAAAUUACAAAACAAAAAACAAGCGUAGCAAACAAAUAAUAAAAGCAAACAGAAAUCAACUAAAAGGGAACAAAAGCGAACUACGACGGCAACACCAACCAAUAAAAAACCAGAAGGGAAAGGGAAAAGCGAAAAGCAAAAAGCAAAGAGCGGCAUUAACAAAAGAGAGGAGAGAACUUUUUCUAAUAGGAUUAUUACGAUUAAAUUGUACAAUAUAUUUUUACACGAUACGAAAUUGAAGACAUAAAGGAGCUGAGAUGAGAUGAGAUGAAUGAAUGCAUACAACCAAAGGUUUUUUAGUAUACAAAAGUGAAUAAGUUGCUGAUUGACUCGAACCACAACACAAAACACACAACAUCAACUCGGAUUCUCUGUACUGUGAACGAAGACCACCACCAAAUAAUUAACAAGAAACAAGAACCACUAGCAGCAGCAUUGAAGCCAAGCGAGAGCAACUUAGCAUGUACUAAACGAAUGGAAAAUACUUCAAUAACUAAGGGCGCAUAUUUAAAAACCGAGCAAGAAGAACAUUUAAUAGUUUUUAAGAACGUUGGGAGAACGCCAACGCAGAUCAGAUUAUAGAUGAUGAGUAUCGAGAACUGCAAUUUCAACAAGGGACAGACAUCAUUUUUGGUCAAAACAAUAGGCUACUAUAUUAUAAAAUAGAGAGCGGAUAAUAUAUAUAACCAAACUAAGUUAAAGUUUUUAACCGAUGCGACAUAUUGUGGGAAAUACUUAAAAAUUCGAAAGUGCAAAUAAAACACGGUAGAAGUGCAGAUAUUUUUAUGUUAGUCUUUAGUCGAGCCUCCACACACAUACACACACACAAUCUGAACCUCUUGUCCCCUCCCUGCAAGGCAUAUCACUCAAUGUCCUCUUAUUUAUGUACCUCCUAACGAUAUUUAGUUUGUACUUUAUAAAUAUUUUUUAAAAAAAGCGCGAAACGAACAGGCCUUGUUUCUUCACUGUAAACUCUGUAUUAAUUAUUAACUUUAGAGCCAAGUGGUGUACGGGUAAUAUAAUAAUCUAAACAAUGCUAGAGAGCGAGAGAUGAUGGCAACUACAUUUCAAUAUUUUACAAAGUAGUCUUUAGUUUUCUUUGCCAAUUCAUUCAAUCAAUCAACCAACAAAAGCAACCAUAAACAAAUAUGAUGUAUGAGAGAAACGUAUGCUUAAUAAUUGUACUAUAUCGAGGACACAGUUCAAGUUAACAUUAUGAUGAGUUGUUAUAUAUUUAUUCGGUGCGGUGCGACGGCGGUGCACCGGAACCUUAUUUAUACUUGUGUACAAUCCUUUACAGAUCCCUUUUUAAUUUUAGAUUUAGUUUGCGAGCAUGUAUGUUUUGCCCAUCCAAUCGUACAUUAUGUGAGAGAGCAUUAUAAAAUACAUAAUAUUUAAAUCGAUAUAUGCUUACUAUAUUUAAUCCUCUAUUGCACUUACAAAUUAGUUGGUAAUAUCUGAAGAAGAAUUAAGAAAUACAUGUAGAAACGAGGGGAGCCCGGCAAAGGCCAGGUUGCACCAUCUCUCGAUCAAUUAAUCAAUCAAUCUAUGUGUGUGGGUCGUCCGUAUCUGUUGAUUUCUUCAAUUGUAAUUAAUAAUUUUCCAAUUUGUUUGUUUGUUACUAACCACGUUUCAACACAAGGGAUUAAAAUUUAAAAAUUAAACUUAUUUCUUAAUAAUAACUUACUUAAACCCAAGCAAGCCCAAGCAAAUACAAAACAACAAAAAUCUACCAAUUUUAGUUAGUAAGCAAAGACGAUAAAAACGAAUCAAUGCAAGUAAUGAGUUCGAUAUCGAACGGAUCAAUCCAAACAUGUAAUGAUGAUUAUUCAAUAAGUUUAAGCUGAAAAUGUGUGCCGACAAUGAAUGCAUCUCGUAGUUGUUAAAAAUGAGCGAUAAUAUUCAACAAUAAUAAUUUACUUUACCAGCAAAAGCACACAAAAUAAUGUGUUAUAUGUGUGUGAGAAGAGUCCAUAAGCUUUAACUACUCGCAAGGAAGAAACGUAAACUGAAAGUUGACUCGGGAAAGUCCCCAAAAAUCGAAAAAUGCCAACAACAACCUAUAGCUACUAGCCCCCCCCCCAGUUCCCAGUUCCCAUCCAGAACAAUGGGCUGUAAGAGUAGUCCCUACUAUUAUACUAGAUAACUCCGAUUUUCCCCCUACUGACACACGCAACAAUUUCAAUGGUUUCUUCAGUGUCGUGCAGCUAAAUGCAGAAAAAAAAGUGAGGAGACGCAGGAGAAGGUUGGAGACCGACGGAAAGCCUUAUGUGUAUAUCAUUUCCAACCUUCGUAUAUAUGUUCUGCUCAGAGUCAAGGCCCCUUAAGAUAAAGACAACAGAAAUAAUGGAAAGCCGGGAACUUGCAUCUUUUAUCUGUCAAAAUUCAAUUGAGCUUUAAACUAAAGAUGUAGAUCGAUGUGAAAAAUAUGCAAAAAUAACAAAAAAAAAAAAA